AUGAGGAUACUUUCGUACUGGAUCUUCCCAGUCUUGUCGGGCCUGAUGUGGCUCGGCAUGCUACUCGGCAUGCUCAUCUACUGGAUUGUAGACGAGAAGAGGAUUGUCUACCCUAGCAUGACCCCGCCUCAAACCAUCGCCUACAUCAGCGACGUUGGAGCUUAUGAACUGAAGCCGCUCUUCAUUGCUGGCUGCGUAAUUACAGUCAUCUUCCUCGACCUGUCCUUCUUCUCCGACUGCUGGCUGCGCCAUACGGGCCGUCUCGCACCCAAUACAUCCAGGGGCCAAAAGAUUCUCUUCGGCCUGUCCAUCUUCUGGGCCAUCGUCGGCACUGUGGGACUCAUUUGCCUCAGUAUUUUCGACACCUAUCGGCACGAUAACCUUCAUUUGAUGUUCCUUGGCUUCUUCAUCAUCGGCUACCUGUUGUCGGCUAUUUUCAUCUGUUGGGAAUAUCAACGCCUAGGAAUGAGAUACCGCGAGCACCGCGUCCUAGCGGCUUCAUUCUGGGUCAAGCUGAUCUUCAUCAUUGUCGAGAUCGGUCUGGCCAUCCCGUUCGUUGUCUUACAGAAGCUUAAGCGCAACAACGAGGCGGCAAUCAUCGAAUGGGUCAUCGCCUUUGUCUUCUCCUUCUACGUCUUUUCCUUCAUCAUUGACCUGUGGCCUGCUAUGCGCACACGCGACAAGACCGCACGGUUCUCAAAACCUGGGCUGAGAGAGAUGUCUAGCACCAGUCCUCCCAACUUCUGA